AUGUUGAGUUCACCAGCCGGACGCCGGAAGUAUCAAGACAUGCAACGAACCCGAGAGAACUUGACUUCGCCCUUGAAGCGCUCAAGCACCACGCCCAAUUUACGAUCCAAAAUCAAUCAAUUGUUAGACGAAGAUGACGCCGAGGAGGAAGAUGAAGAAACGCUACAGCUUCAAUUAGCUGAGAUCAAAGCGCGCCUCAGAUUGAAGAAACUCCAGCAAAAGAAUCGUGGACGGUCGAGCUCGAUUCUCGAGGAGGAGGAUGCACGACCCACCUCUGCCAUCAGUGCUUCACGGAUAGAACGUACAGAAAGGACGGAAGAUCGCAGCCACGCACCCCGAAGCGCAAAAGCCAUCAUUCGAAAGACCAGCAGUGAUGCGAUCCAAGUUCCAGCAUCCCCUACGAGGCGCGAGGCUCCUGUCAAGGACCCCAUGUCACCUCGGAGAUAUUUGAUGGGCAUUGACAAAGGUUGGAAGGCCAAUGAUGUAUCGUUAAAGCGACCCCCGAGCUCCAAAACCGACCCUCGACCAAGCAGUCACAUGGGCUUCCGAGAUGGCGCCACACCGCGCGCUAAUGAUUUGUUUUCUUCUCGACCUCAGACUUCCCCUGGAAUGGGAGGGCUUAAUCGAAUCAAGAGCUUCAGUGAGAGAAUGGCCGAGGGUAGGGCGGCCGAAAAAGCCGAAAAGUCUCGUUUGGAGAGAGCAGAAAAAGCCCAGGCCAACCGCAGUUCGGCCUUUCAAGUCGACAAGUCAGAGCUGGAGACUUUUAAAGCCGUGGCUGCGGAGCAAAAGCACACGCCUCCACCUUCUUCAUGGGAGCGGCCGGUUGAAAGCUUCAGCCGUGAGGAUGUUCUUCGAUCUAUGAGUCAAUUUCGACAACCUGGGUUACAACGUAGCAACACGACCCCAAACCUUCGGCGAACCGAAGGCAAUGGCCACUGUGAGAGACCAUCACAUCUACACAGGCGAACUAAUACAGCAGACCAGCAGCCAGCAGACAAAUCGGACGAUGCUGUGGUGAAGGCACCAGACUCUUCCAAAUUCGAGUCAUACUCGUCACUACAUCUUUCAAAUAGAGUCCUCCCCCACUCCUUUUUGAGCCGCACACUCGCAGACAAAAGAGUUCUGCGCAUCCCUGAUCUACUCAAAACAGUCAAGGCGCCUGCAUUCGAGCUUCCGGAUGAUAUUGAUGGAGACUUCGUCCUAUUUGGGAUUGUUGCGUCCAAGUCUGAUCCCAAGGAUAAGAAAACUUCAGGCAACGCGUCUGCGAAAGAGAAGGACCCAUAUGAUGAUGGUCUGAACAACUCGGGCAAAUACAUGGUUAUCACCCUGACCGAUCUAAAAUGGACGAUUGACCUCUUUCUCUUCGACACUGCUUUCCCUCGCUAUUACAAGGUCUCAGAGGGGACGCUCAUUGCAAUUCUCAAUCCUACAAUUAUGCCUCCCCCAAAGCAUAAAUUUGACACAAACAGAUUUAGCCUGUCACUGUCAUCGUCUGAUGAUAAAGUGCUCGAAAUUGGCUACGCACGCGAUAUAGGGUUCUGCAAGACCGUGAGGAAAGACGGAAAGACGUGUCAAUCUUGGAUAGAUGGUCGAAAGACUGAAUUCUGUGACUUCCACGUCGAUGUCCAGAUCAGACGAACGCAGGGCCAACGCUCAGGAGUCAAUGCCGACACUGGAACGCUCGGCCCUGGUGGGUCGCGCACCGGAUUCUUCGGCGAGGGAAGAAAGCGAGGCAGUUCUUUCAAACAAGGCUUGAAACAUGAAGGCCCUCAAUAUGACCAAGGAACUGGGUCACACUACUAUGUUGCGCCUGCAAGGAACCGUGGUGCUGGUCGGACGUCUUACAAUCCUGCUGGAGGGUCAGCGGCUGGGUAUGACGACCCAUUUGUCGCCUCGGGCAUGGUUGGUCGCGGUGAAAGCAAGGAAGAGAGAAUGCGCAGACGGCUUGCGACCCAGCAAAAAGAGCGUGAUAUCACCCAAAAGCUGGUUUCUGGUCGUGUCGGUGGUGUAGGUGCCGAGUAUCUCCGCACAAGAGCCGGAAACGAAACUCCAAACAAGCAGAAAGGCCCAUCCACCCCCGGCGUUCCCAAAAGCCCUCCAAAUGUCAAUGGCAUCGACAUGACCACUUUUGGCAAAGCAAAGAACGUCCGUUUGAGUCCAAUGAAACGUGCUCAUGACAAGCCCCAUGGUAGUGGGGUCAAGAAGACACGGUUCAUCACUUCCAAGGGUAUCAGGGAGGCUGGCCGGGAGAGCCUGGGAGCACCAGCUGAGGUCACUGCUCGGGGUAGGCAGAUAAUGAUGGAUGAAGAUGACGACGAUGACGAGCUAGAGUUCAUUUGA